AUGGGUGGGCUCGGGCUGCUGCCCCUCCUGCUGUUGUGGGGCACCACAGCAGCAGCAGCAGCAGCAGCAGCAAGAGCAACGUACACCGAAACCAAUGUGUACGACAUGCUGGGCCCCAGCUGGGUCUCCAAGGCCGAGGCCCCGCUGCUUGUGGGGCCCCCCUCUGCUGCUGCUUCUUAUGUGGGCCCCUAUUCUUUCUACACCGAAAGUGGGGAGGCCCCCGGGGGGCCCCUCACCUCCACGGCGUUGGACCCCGCGAGUUCCAACGCCUCCUCUGCUGCUGCUGCUGCUGCUUCUGCUGCUCCCAAGCGGCAGCUGAACCGCACCUUGCUGCUGCAGAUCUGUGUCUUGGUUGCCUUCGGCUCCUUAAUGUUCUUAGUGGGUGCAAACUCGGGAAGGAGGGGCCUCCGAGAGGGUUUAUUGAAGGGCGGGGCCCCUGCGGGGGCCCCCGGGGGCCCCUGGGGGGCACCCGGGGCUCCCGAGGGCACCGGGGCCCCGGGGGCCCCCCAGGGGGCCCUGGGGGCCCCCGAACUCGCGGGGACCCCCAAAGAAGACCCGCAGACUCUGCAGGCCCUCGCUGUUGCAGAACAAUAUGACCAAACAAGUCUUUGCAAAUUAAUAACUGCAGCAGAACAGCUGCUGCUGUUCCUGCAGCCCGUGGGUCUGGAGGCGGAAGCAGCACAGCUGCUGCGGCAGGCGCAGGCGACGGAGGCGGACCUGCAGCUGCUGCUGGAGACGAGCCCGGAGCAGCAGCAGCAGCAGCAGCAGCAGGUGGCUGCUGCUGCGCGGCGGCUGCUGAAGGACAACUCCGCAGAAAUGGGAGAACUUGCUGCUGCUGUCGAAGCCAGCGUGAGGAAAGUAACAGCAGAAAAGUGCAUGCAGGUUUUUGGUUAUGAAAAGUUUUUGAGAGAAAGUUAUGAAGCAGCUUUGGUGGCUCAUGGAAACGAGGGUUUAGGGUUUGGGUCGCUGCAGCAGCACCUGCUGAGCUGCUCAGCAGCAGCAACGCAGCAGAGCCUGCUGCUGCAGCAGGAGCGCGCGGCGCUGCAGCAGCGCAGGCAGCAGGUGCCCAAGAGCCUCAGCGAGGCUGCUGCUGCGCUGAACACCGCUGCAGCAGCAGCAGCAAGAGUGCAACUUGCUGCAGCAAGAGCAGCAGAGCUGCUUGAAAGUGGCAUGCAAGGCCUCGACUUGUUGACAAGUAAAUACCUGGAAGAAGUGCGGCAGCUGAAGGGGCAGCUGGAGUGCAUGCGCAAGCGGGUGCAGCAGGCCGCAGCAGCAACAGCAGCAGCAGCAGCAGCAGCAGGAGCCGCAGCGCCGGCGGCGCAGCCCGGCGACGCUUCGGCCGCGGCCGCGCACGGCGCCGAGCACCCCCCGCAGCAGCAGCAGCAGCGGCAGCAGCAGCAGCAGCAGCGGGGGCAGCGCAGGCGGCAGUCGCUGCUGCAUGCGCGGCUGGAAGCAGCAGCAGAGAAGCUCGAGCUGCUGCGGGACCUCAUCUUGGCCGUCAAAAACCCUUAUAGUCCCUCCCCCAUGAGAGAAACCCUCAAAGAAGUUCACGAGACAAGAGGAGCUCUUCAGCGCGAAGUCCACGAGCUCAACGAGACCCUGGACUCCUUCAUCGAGCUGCAGGACUCCAGCGACGUCUGA